GCUGCCGACCUUCACAGAUGAAGAGGCUUUCUCAAACCACAGACGUGCAACUACAGGGCGACGCGGGGCUUGGAAAAACUGAAGUGCAUUCUUGGAAACUACAGUACAAAGGAACUGAAACCUCAGCUCGUCUGAUCUUUACUGAAGCUGCUUUGUGCAGCUUUAUUUCACGACUGGGCGCCAAAACACGAGGCGAGCUUUGUUUUCCUGUUUCCAGAUUCAUAUGAAGGAAGCAAGAGGUGGGUGAAAGAUGACAGCCAGCUGAAAACUGCAGCUAGAUACCUGCUAAUAAAUGAACAAGGCAUACGAACGUGUUGUGUACUCAGGCUGCUGAAUGCACACCCCUCCUCCCUCGUUGUGGUUUAAGAGGAUGCACUCACUACAUUAGCUGUGAAGCAGUCAGUAAAACUCUGCAGACACCAUGAAGGCAGCGCUGCUUUUCCUCUGGUGGCUGAUCUACCGGACGUCUGCACACGGCCGUGCCUCCAUCGUGGUCAGUCCCAGCAGGUCUCAGUAUUUCGAGUACGACCAGGUCUCCCUGAGCUGUCAGCACUCCAGCUCUGAUCCGUGGACGGUGUGGAGAUACACCACAACAGGGUUGAAUCUGUCCCACUGUGGGUCGGACUGGGGCAGCCAGAUGUCCUCCACCUGCGACAUGAAGACGGUCAAGCCGUCGGACAGCGGAGUGUACUGGUGUGAAUCUAGAGAGAGAGAGAGCAGCAACGCCAUCAACAUCACCGUCACCGGUAACAGAGAUAAGCCAGUGAUCCUGGACAGCCCCGUCCUCCCUGUGGCCAAGGGAAACGACGUCACUCUGAGAUGUACAGCAGGCUCGUCCUCCAACCUCGCAGCUGAGUUUUAUAGAUAUGACCGCUCAAUCGGGACUGGGUCUACAGGUCACAUGACCAUUCCCAAUUUUUCCAAAUCUGAUGAAGGGGAAUACAAAUGUAGCAUCAGUGGCCACGGAGAGUCUCCGCCCAGCUGGGUGCUGCUGAAAGAUGAUUCAGAUCCGGCGUCUCUCACAGCGUCUCCUAACUCGUCUCAGUGGUUUGAGUACGACGAUCUGUUUCUGAGCUGUGCUGUCAGCAGCAGCCGACACAAAUGGGUCAUCAAAAGGUCCACCACCACCAAUCUGUCCAGCUGUGGAGAACAGUGGGGGACUCUUACCUCCUCCGGCUGCAUCGUCAAAACAGCCAAGCAGGCGGACAGCGGCAUUUACUGGUGCGAAUCGCCUGCAAGGCAGCGGAGCAACUCUGUCCAGAUCACUGUAUACGGUGGGAGCAAUAAAGAGAUCUGAUCGGCAGCCUGUUACUCCAAUACUAAUCCACCCUGACCAAACCGGUUU